AAAAGACGCGAGAAGCUCCCUGAAUUUGUAUUCGGAUACAGUAAAAUAACGUCGAUUAAAUUCAGAGGAGAAAUAGCGAUUAAUAUAUUCGAGUCGAGUCUGUUCGAGCAUGUCCGAUCUCUAUUCGGAUAAAACAAGUAAAAAGAAGAAUGGAAACGCAAUGACGAAUAUCAUAUGUAUAUGUAUGUAUAUAACGUAUGCGAGGCGACGCGAACGUCCGUCUCCCGCGAGUCCCGCAGGAGCGAAGAAGUACGCGUGCGCCUCGUGCGCGGCGCGCUUCCACACGACGUCCAACCUGCGCUCGCACGAGCGCCGCGCGCACCGCCCGCCCGACCAGCGCUACGCGUGCGCGCGCUGCGAGCGGCGCUUCCACGACCGCACCAAGCUGCGCCGGCACCUCGACGCGCACGACCACGUCAAACGGUUUAAAUGCGAUCACUGUCUCGCGCGAUUCUCUCGUCGCUGUCACUGGAAGCGGCACCUGGAGAGACAGCACGCCGUGUCGGUGCCCCCCCAGCGGCCCGGCCGGCGACCCACGCGCCUGCUGCUCGGGGAGCAGCCGCAGUGACGCGCAGCGACGCGGGGACACUCGUGGCGACUCGCAGGCCGCCGGGAGAGGAUCUCUUCGUGACGGUGCGCGACGUCGACGCGACGCGACGCGACGCGCCGAGUGAGAUACGGUUACGGAUCGUGUUCAGUACGUGUUCACUGAAAUGAGAAUUCUUUCCAGGUCACAUCACGAGCGGCCGAGGGUGGAUCGCUCCAGCGAUCGGUCUACCAGGUUUUCUUGUACGAUAUCACAUCACGAAGCGACGAGUGGCGAACGAACGGACGGACGGACGGAGCGCAUAUCUUUGCGUAAGAGACGUCUUCGGUAGAGACGAUCGUACGUAUGGUACUCGAAGUUGCUGAGAUUAGUACCCCACGUCCGACCGUACGACAGACUCGCUGUACGAUAUAAAUACGCCUAUCUAUUCACAUCUUCACUCGAGUUCACGAUAUUCGUAUAUGUACAUAUUAUGUAGUUAUCGAUAUGACUCACGUCACUAGGUGUGAUAUGUAUUUAUU